GAAGAGCAUUAUAAAGCAACUGCGGUCCUAGGAACGUUAGGGGAGAGCCAGGCUGCGACCCAUCUUUUCAAAGCAAGAGCGAGGCCAAGAAGCAGCAAAGCAGCACUCGUACACUGGAAGGAUGGGGCAUGGUGGAUCGCAACCAUGCAACAGCGGAACCACCGGGCGGAUGGGAAAGGAGAUGAAGGAAGAUCAGUUGUAUCAGCUACAGAAUCUGAUUCCGGUGAGGCUACAAGCCUAUCUUCGACUUUCGCCGAUUUUCGGUAUCAAUUGCCGGAUGAAUUCAGUGACAGCCAAAGAAAGGAAUUAAAAAGCAGUGAUCUCCGCCUUGCAGCUUGUCAAGGAAGUCAAGAAGGACGAAGAAACGGCCAGGGUCAGAUCCAUCUCCGGAGACCAGAUAAGGCAGAGCCUCUACGCCUUCUUCCUUUGCUACAGCUAUCGGAUAUUCAUUCAAAAAUAAUGCAUUUACCUUUCCCCUGGGAGAAGAACUUUAAUCUAGUUAGGAUGUCCUCGUCAAGUAAGAAAUUAAAGUCUCCGUCUUGGAAGACCGAGUGCCAGAAGGCAGAUGAGCUAACCGUAGCCCUCGUCUCGUAA